CGGCAUUUGUCAGUUUCGGUCAGACCGUUCAGUUAAAUUCUCGUUCUUUGGCUUUAUACAUAUAGUUUUCAACGUAAAUCUAGUCGGCUCAAAGCGUCAUUUAAAAUUUUUUCCAAUUUCUUAUACACUUAUAUAAUAUAAUAUAAUAUAGCUUUUAUAUAAAAUUUGUGAUCUUUUUUAAGUUUCUUUUAUCAUAAAAAGUAAUUCUUUUACUCAAAAAAAAAUUUUUUUUAAGGAAGAAAACAAAUUUUCUAGUUCUACCAUCUUCGGAGGAAAAUAAAUUUCAUCACUCAAUUUUUGAAACAGAAGUAGAACAAAAAUGCCACCAGAUGUAACAAGUACCCCAACUGAAGUGUUGCUUGAAGGCGAAACACUCGAUGACAUUCGUUCCUCAAUGGUUAAGGAUGCGUUCAUAAAACAAGAAAAAUACAAAUUAAAAAUCGUCUGGAGGAAUGUCACCAUUUUCUUUUUUCUCCAUCUAGGCGCACUUUAUGGACUUUACCUUUGUUUCACAUCUGCUAAAUUACUAACCACAAUAUUUGCGUUCGUCCUGUAUCAGCUCACAGGAUUGGGCAUCACAGCAGGAGCACACAGAUUAUGGGCUCAUAAAUCAUACAAAGCCAAAUGGCAGCUUAGCUUACUGUUGACCAUUCUCAACACGAUGGCCUUUCAAGAUGCUGCGAUAGAUUGGGCUAGGGAUCAUAGAGUGCAUCAUAAAUACAGCGAAACUAAUGCUGAUCCUCAUAAUGCAACGAGAGGUUUCUUCUUUGCACACGUUGGUUGGCUAUUGUGUCGCAAACAUCCUGAUGUGAGAAGUAAAGGCAAAGGAAUUGAUAUGAGUGAUUUGUACAAAGAUCCAAUACUCGCUUUCCAGAAAAAAUACUACACAAUUUUAAUGCCCCUGUUCUGCUUUGUGAUACCAACACUUAUUCCAGUAUUUUUGUGGAAUGAAACAUGGAUAAAUGCCUAUUUCAUUCCAACAAUUCUUCGUUAUGUAUUCACAUUGAACAUGACGUGGCUUGUGAAUUCAGCAGCUCAUCUAUUCGGCAAUAAACCUUACGACAGGUUUAUCAAUCCAUCUGAAAACAAAGGUGUCGCAAUAAUGGCAUUGGGAGAAGGAUGGCACAACUAUCAUCACGUUUUCCCGUAUGACUACAAAACUGCCGAAUUGGGCAACUACAGAUUCAACUUCACUACAGCAUUUAUUGAUUUCUUCGCAAGAAUUGGCUGGGCAUACGAUUUAAAAACAAUCUCAACUGACAUGAUCCAAAAACGUGUUGAUAGGACAGGCGACGGUAGCCACGAUAUUUGGGGAUGGGGCGACAAGGAUCAACUUCCCGAAGAGCGAGAACAAACAAUCAUCACACAUCAACCGAAAUCUGACUAAAAUUAAUCAAGUUUCACACCUCUUGUACAAUCCUAGAGCACAUUAAGUAGUCAAGAUUAUUUUUUUUCAUUAGUCUAAGUACAACAAUUGUCGACUAAAUCGAAUUACACCAUAUUCUAUAUAGAACUGGAAGUUCUUUUUCCCCUAAAGAAUUUACGAAUGGCACGUAAAUGUGAUAUAACAUUUUUCCCUAUAUUUGUUAUUGUUGUUGUAAAAAUUUAAAAAAAAAACUGAGAGAGAGUUUGUGCCAAAAGAAAAUAGUCUCUGUAUUUGUUAAACUAACAUAAGUUGCGCACUUUAAAUCACUAAUAGUAUUCCAAUUAAUAUUACUCUUCAAAUGAAACAUAUUGAUAAUAAAAGAAAAAUAUGUAAAUUUGUAUAAAGAUAAAAUCUAAGAAAUUUGUCCAAUUUUUUGUUACAUUAUUCAUUGUAAAUAUUUCCAAUAUUUUUCUGUAACUUUUGACGAGUUUAAUUUUUCCUUUUUUGUAUUUAUAGGACAUUUUUUAAAUGAAAAGUGUACAACUUUUUUUGUAAUUUUCUUUCUUCUUCGUUUAGAUGUAAAGAAAAGAGGAAAUAAAAUUACAAAAUUAUUUCUAGUUCCAGUUCUUUAUAAUCUAAGGUGAUAUUCGUUCUUUGUAAAUGUCACGCGUUUAAUUCUAUGUCCAAGAAUUAAACAAAAAUAUAAUAUUUAAUAAUCAAAAUACGAGAGUAAAAGGCAAUGAAACAUAAAAUAAAAUAUACUGCGUCAGAGGCUUGACACAUUCACUGUUAACUAUAGUAAAAAAAAUUUUAAGGGAAACAAGAAAAAUUUUUUGAUCCCUUCAAAUUUUGUAACAUUUUGCAAGACUGCGGGCACUUUAUAUAACUUUAUCGCGUUCUAUCCGUUUCUUCCUAAUUCCCGCCCCUCGUCUUUUUUAUCCCUUUGCACGCAAAUUUUCAAUCUUUUUCUAUAUUUCUACUGGUGUCUGUCCUUUUCUACGGUUUCAGAUUUAACACUUUGCGGUGAAACAUAUUUCUAAAAAUGCAGAAUUCUUAAUUAUAAUUUUAUUAUUAAAUUAAAAACUGAAAAAUUUCAAUUACUUUCAUUUAAAUUACAUUCUUUUCAGAAAAGAAAAAAUUGACACUUUUAGAAUUGUAAUGAAAUGUAUUGUAAAAAAUACGCAAAGGGUUAAUAUGUGAAAAAAAUAUGAAAUCAAUGAUAUUAAGUAAGUCAUCUGCUCGCAGACUGCUCUUGCUCCAUAAUUUUCAUUAUGGUUAGAAGUUAAUUAACGACAAUUUAAAUUUUUUGCACUUUUUUUAUCUACACUUUUUUUUCUAAUAUUUAUUGCUCUGAUGAAUCGAAAAAAAACGGUGGAAAAAAAUAGAUUCGUCAAAUUAAUGCGAAAGGACAAUUAUUUUUCCACAUUCAAGAGAAAUUUAAAUUUAAGUAUCGAAAAAUUUAGGUGGUGAUAUAUAUAAUUUUAAAAUAGGAGUGAACCGAAAUAUUAAGGUGGAAAUGGUAUGAAAAUUCCAAUAAUUUAUAUAUUUAAAUAACAAAAAGAAAAAGAGAAUAUUAUUGUAAAAAAAACAUUUUCUUAUAAACUCCAAUUUAAAAAAAGAAUUCUUUUACAGAGACUAUUCGCGUAAGUUACCUUGUACCUGUAAAGUUCUUGAUAUUUGGUUUAAAAAAAUAAAAUUUUUUGACAUUUUUCAAAUUAUAAAAAGAAUUUUCUUAUUUUUCACAAAACGCGAAUAUUUAGUAGCAGAAGAACGAAAGAAAAUUUUUGAGACAAAAAAAACUAACUUUUUGAAUUGAAAGGAUUAUUUAAUGAAACUUGAUUAAACAUAAAAUGGUGAAAAAGCGAAAAGAAUUUCUUAUUGCUGGUCGGUAAGGUGGUCUUUUCAAUGUUUACAUUCGUUUACAUAAUAAUUAUAUUUUUAAAAAUGUUACUAUCAAAGUAUCAAACACUUGCUGUAUUUAUAAAGUGCGAAACAAUUUAAAAAUAAAAAAAAUUAUAGACAUUGCUGCAUCACUUAAAUGGUGUAUUCUACAAGAAUUAAAAAAAAUGGAAUUUGUUUACUGUACGUCCAGAAAAUUGUUUAAUAAAACCAUGUAUUUUAAAAUAAAUAAAAUUUUGACUCGAA